AUGAACAAGACUGCAAAUCCUUCUGCUCUUCGCGUCAAGGGAUACCUCCUUCGACAGACCAAGAAGUACCGACCGCUUCAGAAGCUUAUCGAGCAGCAGCCGAUGCUGCGCACCAUGGAUCAGCUCUAUGAUUGCUUCUACGAAUACUCAAGAGGACUAAUGUUUGCAAAACCUGCCAAUCCGUUGGUACCAUUGGAAAAGCGUGCUGGCUCAACAUCGGAUCUUCAAGUCAUUCUUCCACUUGGCACGGAUGCAUCUUCCCGUCUCAAAAUGGCUGAUAGUACUGGAAACGUGCGUCUUGGACGCCUCCUUGAAUCAAUUGACAUUGUUGCGCCAUGCUGCUGCUACAUGCUCAAUCGUGAGGAUCCAAGUACCAAAUGGUUCGAAAAUGGAACACUUCCAAGAAUGUUGGUGACAUCGAGAAUCCAUCCAGUAUCGCUAACCAACGCUUAUCGCAUUUCUCCCUACCAUGACAUUUUUCUCAAUGGAAAAGUCACAUGGACAUCGGAAUAUCAAUCGGAAGCCACAGUGAGCGUCAAACAAAACGGAUGUACCAUGCUGACAGCCAAACUUCUAUUUGCUUCGUUGAAUGCAACUAACAUCAAGGAAAAAUGUCCAGUUAACCAGUUGAAGCCAACAACUUCAUAUGAAACCGAGCUUUUCCAUCGACGUACGAUUGCCAAUACUACAAAGCCUCCAGCACCUCAAUUGACAGCAAUGGAAAAACCAAUUGUCAAGGAUGGCGAGAUUGCGAUGUCAGCGACCGCUCUUACAACAACCACAAUUGCUUAUCCGGAACAUGAAAACCCAUAUGGUUCGGUCUUUGGAGGAUAUCUUGUUCGUCAAGGGAUUGAAAGCGCUGAAAUGUGCGCCAAGCUUUUCGCGAAAGCCGACGUCACCGCGGUUUCGCUCGACAACGCCGAAUUUCUCAAAGUUAUCGAAAUUGGAAGUAUUCUUCGCUUCAAUGCUUAUAUUUGCAAUGUCAAAAACAAUUAUGUAAAUGUUUGCUCUCAAGCUGAGGUAUUCAAUGAGCGAACUCAGCAAUUCGAAUUUUGUGAUCGCUUCCUUUUCACAUUCGAGACUAAUAAUAAUAAUAAGCUUCCACGAGUCGUUCCCCACAAUAUGCAAGAAUUUGUUGCACAGUGGAGAAGUCAAAACAUCGCUAAGGCAAACUAA